AUGGUGGGAGCGAUGUCCAGCGAGCGAAGCUCAUGGGGCAGCCUGACCACGCUGCAGAAGGUGGCGCUGGCCCUUGGGAUCCCCGCCGGCGCUGCCAUCUUCUACAUCCUUUACCAGCGCUACAGGGAGAUCCGAGAAGAGAGGCCAACGUUUGUGGGCGAAGAGAUCGAAAUAGAGAUGAAGGUGCCAAAAGAAGCGGUGAAGCUGCUGAUCGGCCGCCAAGGAGCCACCAUCAAACAGCUGAGAAAGGACACCCGAGCCCGUAUCGAUGUCGACAUGGAAGAGUCCGACGAGGAUCAGCGGAUCCGGAUCUGUGGCUCCCCCGUCCAAGUGUGCAAGGCCAAAGCAGCCAUCCACCAGAUCUUGGAGGAGAACUUGCCGGUGGAGGAAAAGAUGCACGUUCCCCAGCGGGCCGUUGGGCGGAUCAUUGGCAGAGGUGGGGAGACGGUGCGGUCGAUCUGCCGGAGCACCAGGGCCAAGGUGAACUGCGACCGGCAAGGGGAUGCCAACUUCUCGCUCACCCGGCUUAUCACAAUCUCUGGGACCCGCAAGGAGGUGAAAGCUGCCAAGGAACUGAUCCUGGAGAAGCUUUCUGAGGACGACGCUUUCCACAAGAAGCUGGCCCAGUCGGCUUCAUGUCGACACCUGCGCAAGCAGCCCCUUGGCACGAGGAAGGAGGAAGGGGCGGGGGAUCGAGGAGAGGCACCAACUGGGAAGGCCCCCAGUUGGCCGUCUUACCCCUCCCCACAGGAUGCUGAGAAGAGCCAGGCGGAGUAUUCCCUGGACGAGCCGCAAGAGCUGAGGAGCGAGGACAAUUCCCCCGAGGAUUCAUUGUCGGGGGCAUCUUGGCCAAGCUCCGCUUUCGAAGUCCCCAGCCCGGACUUCAGCUUCCACGCCAACGAGCACCUAGAGGUUUUCGUCUCGGCUUCCGAGAACCCAAACCACUUCUGGGUCCAGAUCAUCGGCUCCCGCUGCGUCCAGCUGGACAAGCUCAUCCAAGAGAUGACGCAGUACUACGAAAGCAGCGACUGCGGGUCUGAACUUUCAAACGUGUGUCCGGAUGACAUUGUGGCUGCCCCCUACCGGGAUGACGCUGCCUGGUACAGAGCCCGAGUCCUCGGCACUUUGGACAACGGAGACGUGGAUCUCUACUACGUGGAUUUCGGAGACAACGGGGAAGCUCCCUUGGAGCUGCUGCGGGCAUUACGGAGCGACUUCCUGAGCCUGCCCUUCCAAGCAACAGAGUGCAGCCUCGCUGGUGUCGCUCCUGCUGGAGGGCAGUGGGACGAAGCAGCCUUGGAUGAAUUUGACCGCCUCACCCACUGUGCCAAGUGGAAGCCUGUCGUGGCAAAGAUCUCCAGCUACGUUCCUUCCGGGAGCAGCACCUGGCCGCACGUUCAGCUGUACAACAUCUCUGGCAAACAGAACAUCGAUAUCGGGGAGGAGCUGGUGCGGUUGGGCUACGCCGUGCGGUGCCCACAGGAGGGAGGCGCGGCAGCAGGAUACGGACCCCACCAGGCCGGCCCAGGGGCAGCUUCUGGCAGCUUCCUCCGAACACAGGGAAACACCGUUGAGGCCUCCCUAGAGAGUCUUCUCUCCGAUACCCAGAAGACCCCCGAUGAGAUGCCCGCAACCCUGUCUUGUAUCAGCCUUUCAGAUGGCCCUGUCGAGCAACUACGGAGUGACAUGGACCCCUCCUAUCUCGCAUCUUCCCCGGGGGUCCUCGCAACCUUGCUCCAGCCCUUACAGACGGCCAACGUUCUCUCCUGCUCCUCGGAGGAUCCCUCCUCGCUGGCUUGCUGGGAAGCGGGGGGCUGUAGAGGGCGCUGCAGAAAAGACUUGCCGGAGGGAACCAUGAACUGGGUUCCAGUCGAGGCCGUAUCUCCCCUGUCCGCGGCAGCAUUUGGGUCCGAAGCAAACCAAACCUCCAGUCCUGCCGCCGCUCCCGCCCAUCCCAAAGAGACUCCCUCGACCCUCUCGUUGUCGAGCGAAGGCUCUUCCAAGCCGGAUCUGUCCCUCAGCCUGCCCGAUAGCAGCACUUACUCGCCCCGGGGCUAUUUCUACUACCUUUCCACCUCCGAGUACCUUUCGGAGUCAUCCGCCUUCUGCAAAGGAUCGCCCUCUGUCGACGAGGCCUACCCGGACAAGUCUCCUUCCCCCAGGGCUGUUAGCCGCACGUAUGUCAUCAGCUCUGCUUCCGACGACAGCAGGAAGGAAGAAGUUGCCUCCGUCUCUGAAAGUGGCGACAUCUUCCAAUUUGAAGACAGCUCCUAG